AUCAAGAUGAGAAAAUGAACUGCACAGUAUUCUUUCGUCUUCUUCGUUAGCUCGUUCGUCGACUUCAAUACGCUACAGUUCAUUUAAUUCAUUUAUUCAAUACUGCUAUGCAGCAAGUAUCAUUUUAUUUUGGCUAGAUUGCGCAGACUCUUAGUACUUCAACAGCUCCAGACAAGCGUGACAAGAAAGUAGACGACUAAUUUACUGCUUCCUUGGCCCGUGCCUCGCGCUGUUCGAACACUAUACGAACCCGCAAAAUAUCGUGCUUAAGGCAAGCCUAGUGUCGCACGAGCCCGCGAGGCAUAGAAGAAGAAGUCACGCAGUUCGAGAGUGAUGGCGACAGAGUACUUCCCAAGCCUCCUGCGUGCGUCUAAGCCCCGGCCAGUGUCGCUGUCACCUGCUACCGGCAGCCGGCGGCCCGAACCACUGUCCAGGACAUUCGCCGGCCUUCCUGGGGCAGCGCUUGUGGCGAGCCCUGCUGGUGAAUGGCUCCCCUGCAGAGGUGCGGAAGAGUGCCACCCCGUAUCCGUCGAAGCACGGCCAGGCGGCGCGUCCUCCCGGCUCGCGUCAUGGGCGCACACUACCGACGGCGGCGCGCAGACGACACUCGAUUCCAGCCGCGAAUACCAACCGCUGCUGCAGCUGGAAGCCGGCGGUACACCUACUCGGAGCACCCCGGGCAGCAAGACCAGCAUACUGCACUAUUCUCUCAUCGGCGUCCUGUUCGCGAGAUUCGUAACUGCGGCUGUGCGAGCAAUGGCCGGCGCUCCAGGCGGUCCUCUGGCUCCUCACGAACUCCUUCCUGAAAAGGAGCUAUCGUGUAGACGGCGUCAACCGGAGCCGCUCUACAACGUCCCUCCGGAUGUCCAGGAGGGAAGAGUCCUGACCGAAGACCCACGCGUUGAGGACCAGCAGCCGCGCACCGUGGCCAUGGCACCGUCGGGCGACGAUGCUCGUGACAGACCCUUGAAUUUGGCUGCAAUAUACAUCGCCCGGAGCAAUGCGGCGCACAGCUUGGCCCUGUUCGACUCGCUGGGGACAGAGCAAUACGUGAGGAAUCUGUUUGGUCUAUCCGUGAUCCAGCUGUCGGUCAUAGAGGAGGGAAAUAAACCAUGA